CCGGCCCCGGCUGGUCACAAACUUGUCGGAGGUGGUGGAUCCAGCCGCCCGGUAUGGGGAGGUACGGCCGCCACUCCGGGCCGCCGCGGUCGCUGCCGCCGCCGCCGCUGUUGCUACUGCUGCUGCCGCCGCUGCUGCUCCUGGCUUCCGACACCGGCGCGGCCCAGCUCUCCGUGCUUUACUCGGCCUCCGACCCGUUGACGCUGCUGCAGGCGGACACAGUACGCGGCACCGUGUUCGACUCCAGCAGCGCCUGGGCGGUGGAGUUCUUCGCUUCCUGGUGCGGCCACUGCAUCGCCUUCGCCCCGAUGUGGAAGGCUCUCGCCGAAGACAUCAAGGGCUGGAGGCCAGCGCUGAAUCUUGCUGUUCUAGACUGUGCUGAGGAGGCCAACAACGCUGUCUGUAGAGACUUCAACAUUCGUGGCUUCCCGACUGUGAGGUUCUUUAAGGCCUUUUCCAAGAGUGGCUCAGGAGCAGUAUUGCCAGUGGCUGGUGCUACCGUGCAGAUGCUGCGGGAGAGACUCAUUGAUGCUCUGGAGUCCCACAGUGACACAUGGCCCCCAGCCUGUCCACCACUGGAGCCUGCCAAGCUGGAGGAGAUUCUUGGAUUCUUUUCGAGGAAUAACGAGGAGUACCUGGCCCUGAUCUUUGAAAAGGAAGGCUCCUACCUGGGUAGAGAGGUAAUUCUGGACCUGUCUCAGUAUCAUGGCCUAGCUGUGCGCAGAGUCUUGGACACAGAGGACUACGUGGUGACCAAGUUUGGUGUCACUGACUUCCCAUCAUGCUAUCUGAUGUCUCGGAAUGGCUCUGUUGCUCGAGUCCCUGUGCUGAUAGAAUCCAGGUCUUUCUAUACCACCUAUCUGCAGAAGCUCUCUGGGAUCACCAGGGAAGCAUCCCCAACCACAGCUGAGCCAGCCGUUACAGCCAAUGUAGCACCCACAGUGUGGAAAUUUGCAGAUCGCUCCAAGAUCUACAUGGCCGACCUGGAGUCUGCGCUACACUAUAUUCUACGAGUAGAAGUGGGCAAGUUCUCAGUCCUGGAAGGACAGCGCCUAAAAGCCCUGAAAAAUUUUGUGGCAAUUUUGGCCAAGUACUUUCCUGGCCAGCCUCUGGUCCAGAACUUUCUGCACUCUGUAAAUGACUGGCUUAUAAAGCAGCAGAGAAAAAAAAUUCCCUACAAUUUCUUUAAAAUUGCUCUGGACAGCAGGAGAGAGGACUCUGUUCUUGCUGAGAAGGUGAACUGGAUUGGCUGCCAGGGUAGCCAGCCACAUUUCCGAGGCUUUCCCUGCUCCCUGUGGGUCCUCUUCCACACCUUGACUGUGCAGGCAAGUCAACAAAGUGCAGACCAUUCAGACCAACCAGCUAAUGGCCAGGAAGUCCUCCAAGCCAUCCGGAACUACGUCCGCUACUUUUUUGGCUGCCGAGAGUGCGCUGGCCACUUUGAGCAAAUGGCAGCUGCCUCUAUGCACAAGGUGCGAAGUCCGAAUGAUGCAGUUCUCUGGCUCUGGACUAGCCACAACAAGGUCAAUGCUCGCCUUGCAGGUGCCCCCAGUGAAGACCCCCAGUUUCCCAAGGUGCAGUGGCCACCACGUGAACUCUGUACUACCUGCCAUAAUGAGCUCAGCGGGGUGCCAGUGUGGGAUGUGGAUGCUACCCUCAACUUCCUCAAGGUCCACUUCUCCCCAAGAAACAUCAUCCUGGAUUCCCCUACAGCUGAGCUGGCCCACCUGAGGGCUGUGCAGAGCUUUACAGAUACUCCAAAGCUGGUGAUGGGUGCAUGGAAACUGGCAACCAGAAUUUCGGCACUGGGCCUUCAGCAGGGGGGUACUGCAGGGUCCCCCAGACCUGAGGCAAGUGGCCCCCAGGAUCUGUACCCAGGCCUCCGAAUGACUAGAACUAUGCCAGGGCAGGGGUCUCCUGAGCAUGUGAAAGAGCUGCAGAGGGAUGUAUCAGAGCAGCUCCUGGGUCAGCGACACUUGAGCAAGCGAGACACGGGGGCCGUGUUGCUUGCUGAGUCCUGGGCUGAGGUGAGCCAUCUCCAAGGCCCUUCAGAGCUGAGGCGAGGGGAGCAUGGCUCCAAGCAGCUGGCUAGCAUACUGCAGGGGGAGCCAGGGGCCCCAGCUCUGCGGGGCAAAGGCCAUUGGCUACAAGUGCUAGGAGGGGGCUUCUCCCACCUGGAUGUCAGCCUUUGUGUGGGACUCUACUCCCUGUCCUUCAUGGGUUUAUUGGCUGUGUAUACCUAUUUCCGGGCCAGGAUGAGAGCCCUUAAAGGCCAUGGUGGUCACCCUGUGGCUUGAACUGUCCAACUUGGGAAGGGGUGGGGAAGGGAGCUGCUAUCCAUGGGGCCCUUGCAGCCCUUGGCUUCCCCUCCACCCUUGACCCCUGUCCAGCUUGAGAGCAUGAGAAGACCAGGAAAGUCAUUUGUUUGCUCUAGUGAAUCCUUGGCAGUGCAGGGAAGGAGAGUCCCAUAGAUGGAAGACUGGAAUUUGGACCAGCAGUUGAGGGGAAUCUGGGAGAGUCAGGCCCUGGUCUCUCAGCACCAAAUUCCUGUUUUUCAGCUUAUCUGAAGUCCCGCCUUAUUCUUGCUGAAGCCUCCAUCUCUCCUGAUUAGUCUUGGCUCUAAAUUGGAGUGUGCAAGCUCAGAAUUCCCAAAGUUUCCUUCUCAGACAAGGAUUUCAGGCUGGGUGGGCUUCUGGGACCCUCCUCACUGCAUUCCAGGGGCUCCAUCUGCCCCUGUCUCCUUUUGUUCCUGAAGAGGCCUUUGAAGAGGAAGAACCACUUCUGGUCUACCUAACCUCCAUCUCAGACCUGUGUGGGGUUUGGCUUUAGGAAGAGGGUUCUGGAAUCUUCUGGAAAUCUUUUUUAUCUCCCAGAUGAGGUUAAGAUGAACGUUUCUGCUGCACACGUGUAUUGGGUUGGUGUGGACUUGCCCAGGUGGCAGUUGCUUUGCUGUGGGUAUGGCUUGCUUGGUGGAUCCCGAUGAGGUGGCAGACUAGGAAGCAUGCUGGGCUUUGUGAUGCCAUGGCUGUGGGCUCAACCGUGAUGGGUACAGUGAGAAGGAUAUGCUUUGGCUUCUCCCCAUAGGGCUCCUUCCUCUGAACUGGGUCUUUUGGCUUUUAUUUUGGUCUCCUGAAUCAUUGCUAGCUAUUGGAUGUGGAGGGUGCUGGCUUGAUGGCAGUGAGGAGUAUCCUCUCCCUCAAGGUUCCAUCUCUGGGCUGAGAGAGGUCCUGGGGUCUGGGGCAGAUAAGGCUGUAUAUGUACUUGGUUCCCACAAUACCCCACCACUAGGCAGGGAUGUGGAAUAAAUUAUUUUUGUUAA